AUGGAUGAUUUCGAGACUCGGGCAUUCGGUGGCCGCCCAAUGCUCCGUCCGCACAAUAUGGUUUCCUCCUGGCAGAACGUCGUCGAGAUCCGUCUCAAAUACGGGCUUCUGCAAAGUACCACUAUCGCCUCAGAUAUCAGUCGAACAUGGUCUUCGUCGACCAUGGGGCGCCGACCAACGUUGGGUCUGGGUGGCCUGAAGAGGCUUAACGCGGUAGCCCGGUUGAGCUUGGCUGUGCGCCACCAAGCCCGUCCGUCCCCGCUGCUCAAGACGGCCGACUUUCAGGUGAGCAUUGCACCGACUAGACGUAUCUCGUCCAUACCCAACCACUUAUCUGGCAGCAGCACGAUAUGGACAGUGGACCAGGUUACUGACUGA